AUGCAGAACAGCACAUUACUGCUUGUGGAAAUUCGUCGACUGAAACUGGAAUUAGAGUUCUCUUUGCCAGAUCUACAUCAAUUAUCGCAAAAUAUCCAUAAUGAGAGCUCUAGUAAAGCUAAUAAUCAUGAAAGAAAAUAUGAGGACAGGAAUUUUGAUGCACAAGCCAUUAUUUCGAAAUCGCUAGCUUGCAAUUUGGGCAUCUGUAAGAUUACAGGAAAUCCUGAUUUAGGAUUUCCUAUUGAGUUAAGAUUUGUUGAAGUGAUAAACGAUGUACCGACAGCAGAUCGGAUCGUUCUCUACGUUCCCUUGGAAAUAUUGUCAAACUUUGAUGGCAGUUUUGAUGAAAGCAUUUUUAAGAGAGUUCAUUUGGGGUCACCAGUGUCACAAAAUACUUGGAUGUGUCAUCUUGGAUGUAAUGGGAUGAAAUAUUUUAAAGUCGUUCAAAUCUUCCCGAAUAUUAAUCUCUCUUUGACAUCGUCAAUAUCGAUCGGUAGAAUUUCAGAUUCAACAAUAAUCGAAAUAGUUGACGAAAAUUCCGAAGAAUUUAUGAAAUAUCUAGGAACUGAUGCAACUAGGGAAAAACUAAAAUUUCAAACCAAGUCAGAAUGGAUGGAAAAAAUUAUUAGACAAAUCGGCGGGUUAGAUGAAGUUAUUGAUAAAAUUAUCGAACAAAUUCAUUGUUUUGUGGUCACAUCGCAAAAGAAAUUCAGAAAUUGCGAAAAAAGAAGUAAAGGCAUUCUGAUAAUAGGAAAACCCGGAACCGGAAAGACUGCACUUGCUUCACUUAUAGCUGGACUUCCAUACGUAAUUAUUAAUUGCCCGGAAAUCUUCAAGACUAAUGAAGGAGUUGCUGAAAAAGAAAUUAGCAUCAUAUUUGAAUCAAUGCAGAGACAUAGAGUUUCAUUAAUAGUACUGAACGAAGUUGACGUGAUAGCUGAUGUUUCGGCAAGUUCGCACGCAGGCGUUGAGGCAAAUUUGUAUUCAAUGCUGAUCAAAUUAAUUGAUUCCAUAAAUGAAAACGCGUGGGAUGAGAAGCUCAGAGGGCAAGUAAAGGACUCGCAGGUUGUCACAUUGGAAGAUUUUUUGGAAUCUCUGAAAGUCGUCAAACCUGCAAAUCUUAAUAUAUUUCAGACGAAGACACCAGACACCAGAUUUUCGGACAUUUUUGGCAUCGAUGAUAUCGUUGAGGAUAUAAAGCUAACUAUAGUUGAGCCAUUUAAUGAUCCACAAGAGUUUAUUGAAUUCGGAAUUUCGCCACCACGCGGAAUUCUCAUUUAUGGCCCCCCCGGAGUUGGGAAGACAAUGUUGUGCUGUGCUAUUGCGGCGGAGAUUGCCAUAAAUUUCAUAUUAGUGGAGAGUUCACAAAUGCGCUCUAAGAUCGUUGGCGAAUCGGAGAAAAACAUUGUAAACAUGUUUGCGCAAGCAAAAGCCAAUUCUCCUUGUGUUUUGUUUAUCGAUCAGAUUGACGUUUUGGCUCCGACCCGAGGGACUAGUACAACAUCGGAAAACACAUCUGAACGUAUUGUGACAAGUCUUUUAACUGGUGAGAUUAAUUACUAUCGUGAGGAAGGACCAGAAUUCGAUAUCCUGGUAAUUGCGGCCACGAGCAAUCCUGAAAUACUUGAUCCUGCACUAUUGAGACCCGGUAGAUUAGAUCAGCUCAUCUAUAUUCCACCGCCAAAUGACAAGCAAAGGAGUGCUAUAUUAAAAGGAAAGUUUAAAAAGAUGCCAAUAGCCAUGCCGGAUGAUCGAUUCUCUGUCUUAAUUAAAGAAACCGAGGGAUUCUCAGGCGCGGACUUGGACAAUUUAUGUAGAGAAGCUGCGUUAAUAAGUAUCAGAGAAAAUAUAAAUGAUGAACUGGUUACUUAUGAUCACUUUACCAAGGCGAUGUCAGUGUGUUCAGCUUCUUUGCUAAAUUAUAAACCAAAACAUCCAUUUGCGAGGUAG